AUGGUGGUGGGGGGAGGAUUAGGGGCGCCAAGUGACUCUGGAUCCCUGUGUUUGCUCCCAGGCCUUCAGCAGAGCCCCCCCAGGGGAGGGGGGAGCAUCACCGAUUCUCUCAUUGACCCGAGGAACCUGCCCUGCCCUGCCGGAAAAGAGACCACGGAGAGCAUAUCCAAGGCGUUAGCCUCUCUGCUGACCGUCCGUUUGGACAGGGAGAACAUUCGUGCUAUCAGCAACCUGCAGGGUCUGAGAGAAGUCCGCAGUCUCUACCUACAACAGAACCAAAUUGAGACCAUUGAGAAUCUCAGCUGCCUUCCCAGCCUCCGGUUCCUCUCGCUGGCUGGGAACCGCAUCCAUGCAGUGGAAAACCUCCGGGACCUAAAGCAACUGCAGUUCCUGGACCUGUCGCAGAACCGGAUCGAGACCCUGGACUCUGAGGACCUGCCCAGGACCCUCCUCAUCCUGAACUUAUCCGGAAAUGGAUGCACCAGCCAAAACGGCUACAGAGAGCUGGUGCUCAGGGCCUUGCCCCGUCUCCUGAAGCUGGACGCCCAACUCCUCCCCAGCCAGAGAGACCCUGAGCCGACAGAGGAGGAGCCCGCGUCUGAGGACAGCGCCAGUGAGGAAGAAGCGGAUUUCCCUGAGCUGACGGGGCCUUUCUGCGCAGACAAAGGUGACCAAGCAGCUGCUGGCAGCCACUUCAGACCACAUGGGAUUCUGCUCUUGGUACACGGGGGUGAACCCAGACAAAGUCACCUGCCCCUCGAUUGCACAGGCCUGGGCUACAGGCGUGACUAUUGGUGCUGGUGAGAUGGGUGAUCAGACAGGCCGCCCCUUCCAAAGACGGGGAGACCCCUCCGCCCUGCAGCAGUGCCCAGGAGCCUGGCUGAGGGCUUGACCCCCCCAUUCUCCCGCCAGGGGGGUGCUGUGAGGAAACCCACAGGAGCCGGUUAACUCCUGCUGGUGGCGCUAACUCUUCCC